AUGUACAAAGCAGUGCUCCACCCUGGAGGCACCUACAUCUUCUCAGGAUUCAUGCUCAGCUGUUCGUGGAAGGUGAUGUCUUGUAUUGUAUAUUAAACAUGUAGCCAAUUUUUUAUUCCACCUGGUGGAAACUAUCCCAUCUUUUUCCUGGGCAUUGCUUUCUAUUUAUUUAGUGCGUUCUGCAACUUGACCUUGCUGUCCAUCAUCGUCAUGAAUAAUAACACUGAAUAAUGUCAUAGGCCUGUUUAACACGGCAGUCAUGCAGAUUAUAAAUGUAUCUGUUCAGAUUUUUUCCUAUGUGAAGAUUCUAAUCACUUGCUUGGGUACAAGGAAGUCUGAAGCUAAGAGUAAGGCUUUGAACACCUGCGUGGCACAGUUGGUCAUAUUCUUCAUAUUUGAGGUUGUAGGAAUCUUCACCAUUUUAUCAUACAGACUCAAGAAUGUCUCAGCUGACUUGCAAAAGAUUAUGGGCAUGCUCAUCUUUCUAGUAUCUCCACUUCUGAAUCCAAUUGUUUAUGGGCUGAACGCAAGUGAAAUACGAAUCACUCUAUUGAAAGUAUUUCUCAACAAAGUAUCAGUCUGAACCUAUUAUAAACAUGGUGUGUAAUGACAGUUCACAGUCAGUCCAGAUGUGGGGCAAAGUGUAUUGUUUCUGCUCUGAAGACAUACAACGGAAAUAGUUACAUAAUACAUUUUAGUCAUUUAGCAGACGCUCUUAUCCAGAGCGAUUAGUGAUUGCAUACAUUAUUUUUGUAUUUUUCAUACUGGCCCCCCAUGGGAAUUGAACCCACAACCCUAGAGUUGCAACCACCAUGCUCUACCAUCUGAGCUACAUCCCUGCCGGCCAUUCCCUCCCCUACCCUGGACGACGCUGGGCCAAUUGUGCGCCGCCCCAUGGGUCUCCCAGUCGCGGCCGGCUACGACAGAGCCUGGAUUUGAACCAGGAUCUCUAGUGGCACAGCUAGCACUGCGAUGCAGUGCCUUUGACCACUGCGCCACUCGGGAGUUAUUCUCUUCCGGUAGUUCAUCACUACAUCUGUGCUUACAGUGCAUUAUUAAACAAUGCACAUUAUACCAUAGCUUCAAAUCAUCCAUCAAACUAUAAUUUCAACCUCAUGGACUGGCAGUCCCUGUAUCUCCAGCCCCAUCUCUCAGUUUACCAAACAAAGUGGGUCAAGCUGGGUCAAGCUGUUGAAAUUAGAGAUUGUGCUUUGAGUUUAAAGAUGUAUCCCUUCUCCUUACCUUUAUUUAACUUUCAAGUUUUUAAAAAAAAAGUUAAAAAAAUAAAUGUAUUUUCAAUUAAUUCCCAGCUUUAGAAAGCAUUUGUUUAAACGUACAAGGUUAAACAAAAAGGUCAAAUAUGGGAUGAGAAAUUAUGUUAAAAGGUGCUGUGCUAUCUGUGAUUGGUACAUCCAUUUUUUUAAAUUUUAAAUUAAUUAUAUAUACCCACUGGUUCUUGAAGAAUGCCUCAUUAGCUUAGUUCAAGUGUCGUACUCUCAUCAGAACCCAAAAUGUACACUUGUUUCACUCCAUUGUAAACAAUUUAAUUGUAAACAAACACUCAUGCUUAAAACUAUAAUUUUGAUAUCAUGGACGGUCAGUUCUUGCAUCUAUAGCUAUGUCUAUGAAUUUGAGAGAGGUUACAGUUAUACAGCCCCUUUUUAGCUCAGUUGGUAGAGCAAGGUAUUUGUAACGCCAGGAUAGUGGGUUCAAAUUCUGGGACCACCCAUACAUAAAAUGUAUGCAAGCAUGACUAUAAGUCGCUUUGGAUAAAAGCUUCUGCAUGUUGGCUGUUUACCAAAACAGUGGCGGGUUGUACCUUUGUUAUUGUUUGAACUGCAGAUUGCCCCUUAAAAUGAAAAUAGUAUAAAUACUAUUUCUGGCCCUUGAUUUGUAUAGCACGAGGAGUAAUUAUGCUGGUAUUUUUCCCUAUAACAUUUUUAUUUAAUAUUUUACUGUUUUCUAAAUGUACAAUUUAUUUUCUACUUUGGCCUCUAUUCAAUCUGUAAAUCUGAAGCGUUAAAGAUUCUGCGAUAUAAAUGUAAAAGUAAUAUGCAGGCAGCGUUUACUCUGAAUGCUGUCUCCGCUAAAGCAGAACCAUUACCUUUAAAUUUCAAUCACACAGUAAAGCUGAACUUCCGUGGUACUGAUUGAAUAGAGGCUUUUGUAAUUUUGGGCAAUUUUGAAAGCGUUGUGAUUUUACAAUAAAGCCUUUUCAUAGGUCAUUACUGGCUUCAGAAAGAAAGUGAAAUGUUUAUUUCUGUUAACGUUUAAAAUAUACGUGAGUACUGUCUUGCAUGUUGUCACGUUCGUUUACAGACGGGUCAGACCAAGGCGCAGCGUGAUAUGCGUACAUGUUUAUUUUAAUGAAUAAACAACCGACAAAACAAUAAACAAACGAAACGUGAAGUCCAAGGUAGAACACAACACAUACCUACACGGAACAAGAUCCCACAACCCACUAGUGCCAAUAGGCUGCCUAAGUAUGGUCCCCAAUCAGAGACAACGAGCUACAGCUGCCUCUGAUUGGGAACCACACCGACCGCACAACAUAAACAUAACAGGGUAGGAGCCGGGUGGGCAUUCCGCCUUGGAGGCGGAUCCGGCUCAGGGCGUGACGACCACUUACUCUCCGCCUCCCUGUUGCGCCUCUGGUCUGGUCUGGACCACGGCGCGCUGCUUCCCCUCUCCUUCCUCCCACAAAGUACCAAGCCCUGUCUGGACCCUGGUGUGGGACACCCCGAACCUGGAGAGGGGCUGACGUCUGGGUCUGGACUGGAGCCGCUGACCGGAGCUGGACCGGGCACCGGUGGAGGAGACUGCACAGGCUCCGGACUGGAGCCGCUGACCGGAGCUGGACUAGGCACUGGUGGAGCGGACUAAUCUGGCUCCGGAGUGGAGCAGCUGACCGGAGCUGGAUCAGGCACCGGUGGAGCGGACUGCUCUGUCUCCGGAGUGGAGCAGCUGACCGGAGCUGAACUGGGCACCGAUGGAGCGGACUGCUCUGGCUCCGGAGUGGAGCAGCUGACAGGCACGGGCCGUGCCGGACUGGACACACGCACCACUGGCUUGGUGCGAGGGGCAGGAACAGGCCGGGCCGGGCUGGCGACGCGCACCACUGGCUUGAUGCGAGGGGCAGGAACAGGCCGGGCCAGGCUGGCGACGCGCACCACUGGCUUGGUGCGAGGGACAGGAACAGGCCGGACCGGGCUGGCAACGCGCACCACUGGCUUGGUGCGAGGGGCAGGAACAGGCCAGGCCGGGCUGGCAACGCGCACCACUGGCUUGGUGCGAGGGGCAGGAACAGGCCGGGCCGGCGACGCGCACCACUUGCUUGGUGCGAGGGGCAGGAACAGGCCGGGCCGGGCUGGUGACGCGCACCACUGGCUUGGUGCGAGGGUCAGGAACAGGCCGGGCUGGGCUGGCGACGCGCACCACUGGUUUGGUGCGAGGGGCAGGAACAGGCCGGGCCGGGCUGGCGACGCGCACCACUGUCUUGGUGCAAGGGGCAGGAACAGGCCGGACCGGGCUGGCGACGCGCACCACUGGCUUGGUGCGAGGGGCAGGAACAGGCCGGGCCGGGCUGGCGACGCGCACCACUGGCUUGGUGCGAGGGGCAGGAACAGGCCGGACCGGGCUGGCGACGCGCACCACUGGCUUGGUGCGAGGGACAGGAACAGGCCGGACCGGGCUGGCGACGCGCACUACUGGCUUGGUGCGAGGAGCAGGAACAGGACGGGCCGGACUGGCGACGCGCACCACUGGCUUGGUGCGAGGGGCAGGAAUGGGUCGGGCCGUACUGGGAACACGCACCACUGGCUUAGUGUGGGAAGCAGGAACGGGCCGGACCGGACUGUCGUCACGCACCACUUGCUUGGUGCGAGGAGCGGGACUGGGUUCCUUUAUUAACCCCCGCUCCUUCUGCUGCCUAACCAGCUCCUCUCGCCGUGCCUCUACACUUUCCUUCUCCCUUAUAGCCUCCUGUAGCGCCUCCCUCUGACCGAAUAUCUCCUGCUCCCUCUGAACCAAUAGCCCCCGUAACAUGGUGGCCUCCUCUCCUAAUCUGGCGAUCCGCCCUUUAACGGCCUCCUGCUGCCUAGUCGUCCACACCGUGUGCCCCCCCCCCCCCCCCCCCCCCCCCCCCAAAUAUUAUUUGGGUUGCCUCUCGGGUCUCCGUCGUCGGCACUGCUGGCGCCGUAACAACCGACAAAACAAUAAACAAACGAAACGUGAAUUCCAAGGUAGAACACAACACAUACCUACACAGAACAAGAUCCCACAACCCACUAGUGCCAAUAGGCUGCCUAAGUAUGGUCCCCAAUCAGACACAACGAGCUACAGCUGCCUCUGAUUGGGAACCACACCGGCCAACAUAGAUCUACACAUAAUAGAACCUAUAACAUAGAACAACACAACACAUAAUAUACACACCCUGACUCAACAAAUAGGAGUCCCCAGAGUCAGGGCGUGACACAUGUACAAAAUGUCUUCAUAGAUCACAUAGCCAACGAUGUACAGUACACAGUAAUUUACCACAAUAGAACAUCAUUAUGUAUUUAGAUACAGUAAUUAAUACAUCAUCAUGCAAUCAUCCCAACAACCAAUCACUUAGUCUUGAGUUACGUCAGAAUGUGUGAGUGGUUCUCUGGGAUUACUGUCACAUGAAUCUGUCUCCUUUAAAUAACAUUCUACUGCACAAGGAGUUGGGGCUUUAUUUCUGCUAGUGCCACAGCUCUCUCCAAACUAGUUUAGAAAGAUUGACAACAUAAUAGCAGGGUAUUGUUUGCUUUUAGACAGAACGUAACAGACAGGUAAACCCUCAGGUAAGCUAUACCACUCAUCUGAAUAACGUGCCGUAUACUUACAUACACAUUGCUUUAAUGCAGAGUACAUGUUAAAUUAAAGACAAUAUAUGUUUAAAAUUAUAAACUACAAUAUACAGUGACUGAAUACAACCAAUCUGAAAAUUCAGUUAAUAUGUUAAUAAGAACCCUACAGUAAGCUAGACUGGAACUGACUAGCUUUAGAUAAGUUUUUGCUAGUAUUGAGUCAGAUUUGCAUACCAAGUAGUUUAAUAGCACUUUAAAAUGUGUACAUGAGAUUUGCUUUUCUUCCUUUACAGGUAUUUGAUGAUGGCGGGCCAGACUCUUAAUCAGACAUUCAGUUACAACCUGCAGAUUGCCAGUUUUGACAUCCCUACCCCAGUGAACUACCCUGUGUUCACCAUGGGUCUCCUGCUCUAUCUGUUCUCUGUCUUCUGUAACCUCACCAUCAUACUGUUGAUCAUCACACAGCAGACUCUCCACAAGCCCAUGUUUUACAUCCUCUUCAGUCUCCCCCUGAAUGACCUGAUAGGAAUCAGCGCUAUGCUACCGAGGGUGUUGGCAGACAUCGUGACACAGACUCACUCUGUGUACUACCCCACAUGUGUUUUUCAAGCCUUUCUUUGUCACAUGUACGGAGGUGGUGUGCUUUUUGUACUUGCAGCGAUGUCAAUUGAUAGAUAUUUUGCCAUUUGCAAACCACUGCAAUACCCCUCGAUCAUGACACCUUUGACACUAUGUGUCAUUAUAUCAGCUGCUUGGGGCCUUGACCUGGCCAUGAUACUGGCCCUGUUUGCUCUUCAGUCCCGAGUUAAGAGGUGCAAGGCUUACAUACUAAAUAUCUAUUGUGACAACCCCUCUCUACUUCGCCUCUCAUGUGGAGAAGAUCUCACAGUUAACAACAUUUAUGGUUUGGCUAUGACAGCGGUUAUGCAGAUUAUCAGUGUGGGUAUUCAGCUAUUUUCCUAUAUUAACAUUCUUGUAAUAUGCAUAAUUAAUCGACAAUCUGACACCAAGAGCAAGGCUGUAAACACCUGUGUCGCUCAGCUAGUAACAUUUUUCCUUUUUGAAUUUACUACCACCUUUGUAAUACUGUCAUAUCGCUUUCAGAACAUACCUCCUAAUGCACAGAAACUGUGUGGUAUGAUGAUCUACCUUCUCCUGCCAAUUAUUAAUCCAAUUAUAUAUGGGAUGAAAACAAGGGACAUCAGAACAGCAUUUUUCAUGGUGGUGAGGAGAAAAAAGAUAGCAUUCACGUGAACGUUUAAUGAAUGUCAGCUCCACACUGGUUUCCUGUGUGUCUUGGGGCUCAUGUGUAUAUCUCUAGCUCCACUAAUCAUUGGGGGGAAAUAGAAAAAUGAAUCAGUUUUGUGGCAACAUCAACUUACUCUGCUUUGUGAUCUAGGGAUAUCAAUAAACAGUCAUCGUAACAUACCUAACAUCUGUUUAAUACCUUUCUUACUUGACUUGUUUAAUAUUAUUAUUCAAUCAAAUGGAUAGGUUAGGCAGUGGCCUCUUUAAAGGAUUGUUAUGCUCUUUCAUAUUUUUGUCAUAGUUUUAAUAUACAGUACCAGUCAAAAGUUUGGACACACCUACUCAUUCCAGUGUUUUUCUUUAUUUUUACUAUUUUCUACAUUGUAGAAUAAAAGUGAAGACAUCAGAACUAUGAAAUAACACAUACGGAAUCAUGUAGCAACCAGAAAAAAUGUUAAACAAAUCUAAAUAUAUGUUAUAUUUGAGAUUCUUCAAAGUAGCCACCCUUUGCCUUGAUGACAGCUUUGCACACUCUUGGCAUUCUAUCAACCAGUUUCAUGAGGUAGUCACCUGGAAUGCAUUUCAAUUAACAGGUGUGCCUUGUUAAAAAUUAAUUUCUGGAAUUUAUUUCCUUCUUAAUGCGUUUGAGCCAAUCAGUUGAGUUGUGACAAGGUAGGGGGUGUACACAGAAGAUAGCCCCUAUUUGGAAAAAUACCAACUCUAUAUUAUGGCAAGAACAGCUCAAAUAUGCAAAGAGAAACAACAGUCCAUCAUUACUUUAAGACAUGAAGGUGAGUCAAUUCGCGCUAUGGUGAUACUGGCUCUCAUGAGGACCGGCACAGGAAAGGAAAACCCAGAGUUACCUUUGCUGCAGAGAAUAAGUUCAUUAGAGUUACCAGCCUCAGAAAUUGCAGCCCAAAUAAAUGCUUCAGAGAGUUCAAGUAACAGACAGAUCUCAACAUCAACUGUUCAGAGGAGAUUACGUGAAUCAGGCCUUCAUGGACUAAUUGCUGCAAAGAAACCACUACUAAAGGACACCAAUAAGAAGAAGAGACUUGCUUGGGCCAAGAAACACGAGCAAUGGACAUUAGACCGGUGGAAAUCUGUCCUUUGGUCUGAUGAGUCCAAAUGUGAGAUUUUUGGUUCCAACUGCCGUGUCUUUGUGAGACGCAGAGUAGGUGAACGGAUGAUCUCCGAAUGUGUGGGUCCCACAGUGAAGCAUGGAGGAGGAGGUGUGAUGGUGUGAGGGUGCUUUGCUGGUGACAUUGUCAGUGAUUUAUUUAGAAUUCAAGGCACACUUAACCAGCAUGACUACCACAGCAUUCUGCAGCGAUAUGCCAUCCGGGACUAUCAUUUGUUUUUCAACAGGACAAUGACCCAAAACACACCUCCAGGCUGUGUAAGGGCUAUUUGGCCAAGAAGGAGAGUGAUGGAGUGCUGCAUCAGAUGACCUGGCCUCCACAAUCCCCCGACCUCAACCCAAUUGAGAUGGUUUGGGAUGAGUCGGAGGGCAGAGUGAAGAAAAAGCAGCCAACAAGUGCUCAGCAUAUGUGGGAACUCCUUCAAGACUGAUGGAAAAAUAAUUCUAGGUGAUUACCCCAUGAAGCUGGUUGUGAGAAUGCCAAGAGUGUGUAAAGAUGUAAUCAAGGCAAAGGGUGGCUACUUUGAAGAAUCUAAAAUAUAUUUUGAUUUGUUUAACACUUUUUUGGUUACUACAUGAUUCAAAAUGUGUUAUUUCAUAGUUUUGAUGUCUUCACUAUUAUUCUACAAUGUAGAAAAUAGUAAAAGUAAAUAAAAACCUUUGAAUGAGUAGGUGUGUCCAAACUUUUGACUGGUACUGUAUAUAAAGUUGUUUCAUAUAGAUUGGUAUAUUGCAAGAUGACUUCAGCGUGGAAAGUUCUGUCAUGUGAAUAAGUAGUCCUGCAAUUUCCCAAGUCCCCCAGACUGAACCACUUGGGGCCAUGGUAUUUUACAUUUUAUUCAUUUAGCAGACGCUCUUAUCCAGAGCGACUUACAGGAGCAAUUAGGGUUAAGUGCCUUGCUCAAGGGCACAUCGACAGAUUUUUCACCUAGUCGGCUCGGGGAUUAGAACCAGCGACCUUUCGGUUACUGGCACAACGCUCUUAACCACUAAGCUACCUGCCGUAUUAUACUGCUCAAUCUGCCAAGAAAUCCUGUUCAACAACAUAUUGUUAAUAGGUAAGAUUACAAAUUAUUAUUCAAUUGAAUAUAAAAGCCUAUUUUUUUCUGUGGGGUUGAGCAGACUAUGAGACAGUUGUAUGUGUAAUUGGUACUCUUACCCAGUCCCAAUGAUUUAACUAAGGCAUUUAGAAGGCCUUGUGGUUGUGUACUGUUAGGUUACACAGUCCCAAUGACGUAAAGGCCCAGUGUAGUCAAAAACCUGAUCUUCCUGUGUUUUAUAUAUUUAUGGGUUGGGAUAAUACUGUGAAAAUUAGAAAAUUAUGAUAAUGCCCUUUUAGUGUAAGAGCUGUUUGAAAAUACCACCAGAAAUUUCCACCUGUUUUGGUGGGAAGGCGUUUUGGUCACCAGGCAGUAAAUUAGUAAAUAGACCAAUUAGAAAUAGAGCUCCAAACCUCUGCCAAUAACAUCUCAUUUUUCCCCUCCCCACUAAGAACACUCCCAGAAAGUUCUAGCAAUAUUCUUGAUUGAGAAAUUGCUCUUUGCUAAUAAGCUAUUUUUGUUUCUUUUUGACUAUUUUAAUUGAAAACAAACACAAUAUGGUACUUAAUUGUUACCCAAAAAUGAUUUGAUAUUGAGAUAAAAACAGCUGCAUUGGACCUUUAAGUAAGGCCUUUGGAAGGCCUUGUGGUUGUGUACUGUUAGGUUAGGAGGUGUGACUUUUAGGGGGCAGGUGUGACUACAGCUGCACUCCACAACCGGGACACCAUGGAAACCCUGGGGGCCUUCCUUUUGUCUCUCUGUCACAGCUUACCUGUCGUCCGGGGCUGCAUCUAUAAUCACCACUGAUUAUGUUUGGACUCUCUGGGACUAUCAUGACCUGCCCGCUCUCCUCUACUUCUCAUGAUGUGCAGUGAAGCGAGCCAGUGGCCUACCCAUCUGUCAACAUGCUUUUGGUAUUGAAUUACCCACAGAACUUUGAGCUUAGACAGUUUGAGCUUAGUCUACCGAUACGCAUACUGGUUUCAUACACAUUGGGCUGUUUUAAAGGGAUAGUUCACACACAUUUCAAGUGUACAGAUAACUGGCAAGUAUAUGGAUCAUGAUAGUCAGCAACCGAAAACGGGGCUUAGUUUACCUACUCAGAACAUAUCAUUAGCAUCAUUGAAUGCAAAACAAUGGGAGGGGUAGAACCAGUGCUUGACCUUGACUGAAAUAGGUGCCGGUACUCAUUUUGGGUGCCGGUACUGUUUAUAUUUAGGUGCAGGAGCUCCACAAUACUUUUGAGCUAAUAGUCUUUAAGAGGAACAGGAGCUCAAACAGUAGAACAUGUGAGGCACUAAAUUGAAACUGCAAAAUAUGUGACAAAGAAAUUAACUUUUUGUCCUGAAUACAAAGCGUUAUGUUUGGUGAAAACUCUAUAUAUUUUCAAGCAUGGUGGUGGCUGUUUCAUGAUACGGGUAUGCUUGUCAUCAGGAAGAACUAGGGAGUUUUUUUUAGGAUAAAAAUAAACAGAACAAAGCUAAGCACAGGCAAAAUCCUAGAGGAAAACCUGGUUCCGUCUGCUUUCCAACAGACACUGGGAAAUUCAACUUUCAGCAGGACAAUAACCUAAAACACAAAGUCCAAAUAUAAACGGGAGUUGCUCACCAAGAGGACGUUGAACGUUCGUGAGUGGCCUCGUUACAGUUUUGACUUAAAUCGUCUUGAAAAUCUAUGGCAAGACUUGAAAAUGUCUGUCUAGCAAUGAUCAACAACCAACUUGAAGAAUUUAAAACAUAAUAAUGGGCAAAUAUUGUACAAUCCAGGUGUGCAAAGCUCUAAUAGACUUACCCAGAAAGGUGCCAAAGAAAUAAGACCCAAGGGGGUGUGGUAUAUGUCCAAUAUACCACAGCUAAAGCUUGUUCUUAGGCACGUGCCUGGACACAGCCCUUAGCCGUGGUAUAUUGGCCAUAUAUCACAAACCCCUGAGCUGCCUUUUUUGCUAUUAUAAACUGAUUACCGACGUAAUUAGAGCAGUAAAAAUAAAUGUUUUGUCAUACCCGUGGUAUAUGGUCUGAUAUACCACGUCUGUCAGCCAAUCAGCAUUCAGGGCUCGAACCACCCAGUCUAUAACAUGUAUUGACUCAGGGGGUUGAAUACUUACGUAAUCAUGAAAUAUUAGUGUUUUAUUUUUCAUUAAUUAUUUACAAAUGUUCUCAUUUUUCUUCCACUUUGACAUUGCAGAGUAUUUUGUGUAGAUUGUUGACAAAAAUGUACAAUUAAAUCAAUUUUAAUCCCACCUUGUAACACAACAAAAUGUGGAAAAAGUCAAGGGGUGUAAAUACUUUCUGAAGGAACUGUUCAUAUUGCAAUGUAGUUGUUUUAAAAUGUUAUCAUGAACUAGACCAGGGAUUCCCAAAUUCAGUUCUGGGUUACAGCCUUCUUCUCUGAGCUGGUGGUGAGCAUCCUGGCUCAGAACAGGUCUAUCUCCUACCCUACAUGCUACCUCCAGUCUCUGCUCAUCCACCUGUACGGAGCUAGCUCCUUAACUAUCCUGAAUGCCAUGGCUUAUGACAGGUAUAUCUGCUGUCCAAGAAAGCGAAGGUAACCUGCCUAAAUGACGACCGCCCUGUAGCACUCACGUCUGUAGCCAUGAAGUGCUUUGAAAGGCUGGUCAUGACUGACAUCAACACCAGUGUGAGAAUGCUGUUCCUUGACUACAGCUCAGCAUUUAACACCAUAGUGCCCACAAUGCUCAUCACUAAGAUAUGGACCCUGGGACUAAAAACCUCCCUCUGCAACUGGAUCCUGGACUUCCUGACGGGCCACCCCCAGGAGGUAAAGGUAAGCAACAACACAUCUGCCACGCUGAUCCUCAACACUGGGGCCCAUCAGGGGUGCGUGCUUAGUCCCCUUCUGUACUCCCUGUUCACCCACGACUGUGUGGCCAAGCAACACCAUUAUUAUGUUUGCUGAUGACACAACAGUGGUAGGCCUGAUCACCGACAAAGAUGAGACAACCUAUAGGGAGGAGGUCAGAGACCUGGCAGUGUGGUGCCAAGACAACAACCUCUCCCUCAAUGUGAGCAAGACAAAGGAGCUGAUCGUGGACUACAGGAAAAUGAGGGCCAAACAGGCCCAAUUAACAUCGACAAGGCUGUAGUGGAGCGGGUCGAGAGUUUCAAGUUCCUUGGUGUCCACAUCACCAACAAACUAUCAUGGUCCAAACACACCAAGACAGUCGUGAAGAGGGCACGACAACCCUCAGGAGACUGAAAAGAUUUGGCAUGGGUCCUCAGAUCCUCAAAAGGUUCUACAGCUGCACCAUCAAGAGUAUCCUGACCGGUUGCAUCACCGCCUGGUAUGGCAAUUCCUCGGCCUCCGACCGCAAGGCACUACAGAGGGUAGUACGUACGGCCCAGUUCAUCACUGGGGCCAAGCAUCCUGCCAUUCAGGACCUAUAUAUUAGACGGUGUCAGAGGAAAGGCCAAAAAAAUUGUCAAAGACUCCAGUCACCCAAGUCAUAGACUGUUCUCUCUGCUACCGCACGGCAAGCGGUACCGGAGCAUGAAGUCUAGGUCCAAAAGGCUCCUUAAUAGAUUCUACCCCCAAGCCAUAAGACUGCUGAAUAAUUAAUCAAAUGUCCACCCGGACUAUUUGCAUUGACAUCCCCCCACCUUUUGAUUUUACACUGCUGCUACUCGCUGUUUAUUAUCUAUGCAUAGUCACUUUACCCCUACCUACAUGUACAAAUGACCUGGACUAACCUGUACACCCGCACAUUGACUCGGUACCGGUACCGGUACCCCCUGUACAUAGCCUCGUUAUUGUUGUGUUACUUUUUAUUACAUUUUUUACUUUUAUUUAUUUAGUAAAUAUUUUCUUUAAUCUAUUUCUUUAACUGUAUUGUUGGUUAAUGGCUUGUAAGUAAGCAUUUCACGGUAAGGUCUACACCUGUUGUAUUCAGCGCAUGUUACAAAUACAAUUAGAUAUUUUUUUAGUCACAAUAACUUGAUGAAAAUCAUAAUUUUCAUGUGGCUCUUGGUCAUUACACUGACUGUGGUUCUGCUGGCUCUAGUCACUCACUUCAAAAUCUGCAGAACGACAAUAGUGGAUAUGUUUUGUAACAAUCCGUCAUUGGUGAGGCUCAUUUGUGAUGACACACGUAUAAACAACUACUAUGGGUUGUUUAUAACAGCCAUCUUUCAGGAUGUAACGUUGAUAGUGGUUAUAUUUACAUAUAUCCAGAUCCUGCUCACCUGUGUUAUGAAUAAGUCGUCUGAUGCCCGGAGAAAGGCCAUUCAGACAUGUGGUACACAUCUUGUAGUGUUGUUAUUCUUAGAGUUCAACACCUGUUUUAGCUCAUCGAUUUUAGCAUCGAUCAGCUCCUUCUCUGAGAAGGGCUUUGUAGUAUCAGUUAUAAUACAUGGGCUUUAGACCGUUUUUAAGGCCUUCCAAAAUAAAAGAAAGACAUGCUCCUUUGUAAAUCACAUGGAUUAUGUUAGAGAGGCUUCCAUUAAAGAACAUCCUCUGUGUUCUGUUAGACAGGUAACUCUCGAUCCGCAAUAUAGCAGGGGAUGUAAAGCCAUAACACAUUCAUUUGUCCAGCAUUAUGACCUGUGUCAAAAGCUGCACUGAAGUCGUAACAAAACAGCUCCCACAAUCUUCUUAUUAUAAAUUUUUCAGCUUCCUGAGUCGGUUUCUGCCUGAGUUGCCUGUUUUCUGUCCUGGAGUCUUUUUUCCUGAGUUUCCUAACGCACCCUGUCUGGUUGCCGGGCGACGAAGCAAGGCGGGAGAUCUCUCUAUUACACGCACCUGCAUCUCAUCAGCUAUCUGCACACCUGGUCCUGAUCAUCACCUCUCCACUUCAUAAGCUCUGACCUGACAUCCAUUCCCUGCCGGAUCGUUAGCCACGAACAGUAUGUUGUGCCUGCGUAUCAGCCUCAGAUUACUUUUUGCUUGCUGUGAACUCACCUUCGUUUCCUCUGUCUACAGUUACUCUCCCGGAAUAUUCACUCCACCUCUGCCUGGUCGUCUGUGGCUUCAGAAACAUCAUUGGCUCUGCCCAUUCACUCCCACCAACUAACCUCCGCUGCCCGCUCCGUCACCUGGAUUCUCCUGCUUCCACAUUUAAGUCUUUAAAUAAAUACUCACCUUCAUUCAACUCACCUUGUCCUGGUCUGCUUCUGGGUUCCGCUUUAGAGAAUCGUGACACAUUUUCUCUCAGCCAGUCACCAAUUUGUGUAAGUGCCGUACAUGUUGAAUGCCCUUCCCUAUUAGCGUGCUGAAAGUCUGUUGUUAGCUAUUUGAUUAAUAAUUUUAGGACCAGUUAAGGUAUCAAAAAACUAUAACAACGUUAUUUGAUAAAACAUUGAAUUUGGCCAUGCUGCUAUUAGCCCAUAGAAAUGCAUUGAAUAACAGCUUCAUAUACUGAACAAAACAUAAACGCAACAUGUAAAGUUUUAGUUCCAUGUUUAAUGAGCUGAAAUUUAAAGAUCCCAGAAAUGUUCCAUAUGCACAAAAAGCUUAUUGCUCUCAAAUUCUGGGCACAAAUUUGAUUACAGCCCUGUUUGUGAGUCUUUUUGCUUUGCCAAGAUAAUCCAUCCACCUGACAGGUGUGGCAUAUCAAGCAGCUGAUUAAACAGCAUGAUCAUUACACAGGUGCACCUUGUGUGGGGACAAUAAAAUGCCACUCUAAAAUGUGCAGUUUUGUCACACAACACAAUGCCACAGAUAUCUCAAGUCUUGGGGGAGCAUGCAACUGGCCUGCUGACUGCAGGAUUGUCCAACAGAGCUGUUAACAAUGAAUUGAAUGUUCAUUUCUCUACCAUGAGCUGCCUCUAACAUCAUUUUAGAGAAUUUAUCAGUACGUCCAACCGGCCUCACAACGGCAGACCGUGUGUAACCACGCCAGCCCAGGACCUCCACAUCAGGCUUCUUCACCUGUGGGAUCGUCUGAGACCAGCCACCCGGACAGCUGAUGAAACUGUGGUUUUGCAUAACCGAAUAGUUUCUGCACAAACUGUCAGAAACCAUCUCAGGGAAGCUCGUCUGUGUGCUCGUCGUCCUCACCAUCGAUGGCCACUUGCACGCUGGAGAAGUGUGCUCUUCACGGAUGAAUCCAAGUUUGUACUGUACUGGUCAGAUGGCAGACAGUGUGCAUGGCAUCGUGUGGGCAAAUGGUUUCCUGAUGUGAACAGAGUGCCCCAUGGUGGCGGUGGGGUUAUGGUACGGGCAGGCAUAAGCUACUGACAACUAACAUUUAGCAUUUUAUCAAUGGCAAUUUGAAUGCACAGAGAUACCGUGAUGAGAUCCUGAGGCCCAUUGUCGUACCAUUCAUCCACCACCAUCGCCUCAUGUUUCAGCAUGAUAAUGCACGACCUGGCAUGGCCCCAUGUCCCAAGGAUCUGUACACCAUUUCUGGAAGCUGAAAAUGUCCCAGUUCUUACAUGGCCUGCAUACUCAUCAGACAUGUCAGCAAUCGAGCAUGUUUGGGACGCUCUGGAUCGACGUGUAUGACAGCGGACUGAUUUUUCUUGGGAUUAUUUGUUUAUGCUAAUAAGAUUACCUCGGGGGCGUGGACAUAGACUGUAAGGUUUACUAAGGGUUGGUAACAGGCUGAAUGGUCAACUGUUUGAGCCAGUAAAGUGUGCUUUGCUAUUCGCUGACUUUACGGAAUUCUAAAUUACAAUGCUUGUCUUUCAUCAUUUGGUCAGUUAUGCAUGGAUGUGUAGGUUCAGAAUUUGUAGUUGGCAUGUAAUUCCUAAAUUUGCUAAUCUUGCCAAUGAAAAAGUCAUUAAAGUAGUUGGCAAUAUUUACAUUUACAUCAUUUAGCAGACGCUCUUAUCCAGGGCGACUUACAAAUUGGUGCAUUCAACUUAUGAUAGCUAGUGGAACAACCAAAUUUAGAAGGAUUACUUUAUACUAUUCCAGGUAUUCCUUAAGGAGGUAGGGUUUCAACUGUCUCCGGAAGGUGGUCAGUGACUCCGCUGUCCUGGCAUCGUGGGGGAGCUUGUUCCCACCAUUGGGGUGCCAGAGCAGUAAAUAGCUUUGACUGGGUUGAGCGGGAACUGCGCUUCCGUAGAGGUAGGGGAGCUAGCAGGCCAGAGGUGGAUGAACGUAGUGCCCUCGUUUGGGUGUAGGGUCUGAUCAGAGCCUGAAGGUAAGGAGGUGCCGUUCCCCUCACAGCUCCGUAGGCAAGCACCAUGGUCUUGUAGUAGAUGCGAGCCUCAACUGGAAGCCAGUGGAGUGUGCGGAGGAGCGGGAUGACAUGAGAGAACUUGGGAAGGUUGAACACCAGACGGGUUGCAGCGUUCUGGAUGAGUUGUAAGGGUUUAAUGGCACAGGCAGGGAGCCCAGCCAACAGCGAGUUGCAGUAAUCCAGACGGGAGAUGACAAGUGCCUGGAUUAGGACCUGUGCCGCUUUCUGUGUAAGGUAGGGUCGUACUCUGCGAAUGUUGUAGAGCAUGAACCUGCAGGAUUGUGUCACCGCUUUGAUGUUAGCGGAGAACGACAGCGUGUUGUCCAGGGUCACGCCAACGUUCUUUGCACUCUGGGAGGAGGACACAAUGGAGUUGUCAACCGUGAUGGCGAGAUCAUGGAGUGGGCAGUCCUUCCCCGGGAGGAAGAGCAGCUCCGUCUUGCCGAGGUUCAGCUUGAGGUGGUGAUCCGACAUCCACACUGAUAUGUCUGCCAGACAUGCAGAGAUGCGAUUCGCCACCUGGUUAUCAGAAGGGGGAAAAGGAGAAAUGUAAUUGUGUGUCGUCUGCGUAGCAAUGAUAGGAGAGACCAUGUGAGGAUAUGACAGAGCCAAGUGUCUUGGUGUAUAGAGAGAAUAGGAGAGGGCCUAGAACUGAGCCCUGGGGGACACCAGUGGUGAGAGCACGUGGUGCGGAGACAGAUUCUCGCUACGCCACCUGGUAGGAGCGACCUGUCAGGUAGGACGCAAUCCAAGAGUGAGCAGCGCCGGAGAUGCCCAACUCGGAGAGGGUGGAGAGGAGGAUCUGAUGGUUCACAGUAUCAAAGGCAGCAGAUAGGUCUAGAAGGAUAAGAGCAGAGGAGAGAGCGUUAGCUUUAGCAGUGCAGAGAUCCUCCGUGACACAGAGAAGAGCAGUCUCAGUUGAAUGACCAGUCUUGAAACCUGACUGGUUUGGAUCAAGAAGGUAAUUCUGAGAGAGAUAGCAGGAGAGUUGGCUAGAGAUGGCAUGCUCAAGAGUUUUGGAGAGAAAAGAAAGAAGGGAUACUGGUUUCUAGUUGUUGACAUCGGAGGGAUCGAGUGUAGGUUUUUUGAGGAGGGGUGCAACUCUCGCUCUCUUGAAGUGGGUUUUGUGAUGAAUGAGCCAUCUGAUUCAAUGAAGGAUGGAGCUGAUUUCUCCUUUUUGACCAACAUUUAAUUUAAGGUGCUCCAAAGCUUUUUAUUAUUAUCCUUCAUAUCAUAUAUCUUUGUUUCAUAGUAUAGUUUCUUCUUCUUUUUGUUCAGUAUAAUCCCGAUUUCUCAGUUAACAGUAUGUUUGCCAAUCGGCUGUGCAGCCAGACUUAUUUGCCAUUCCUUUUGACUCAUCCCUCUCAUCUCUAUCAUCCACAGGGAUUGAACAGUUUUCACAGUCAUGUUCUUAAUGAUUGCAUGCUUAUUAGUAACUGGAAUAAGCAAUUUCAUAAAUGUGUCAAGUGCAGCAUCUGGUUGCUCCUCAUUACACACCACAGACCAGCUAAUAUUCUUUAUAUCUUCAACAUGGGAACCACUACAAAAUAUUGUGUAUGACCUCUUAUACACUAUAUUAGGACCAGCCUUUGGAAAUGUGGUUUUCCUAGAUAUGGCUACUAUAUUAUGAUCACUACAUCCGAUGGAUCUGGAUACUGCUUUAGAGCAGAUUUCUGCAGAAUUAGUGAAGGAUGUGAUGAAUACAUGUGCAUGAUUUCAUUCCUCUUCUGUUUGUAAAUACCCUGGUAGGUUGACUGAUAACCUGAACCAGGUUGCAGGCACUGCUUACAGUUUGAAAAUGUUUCUUGAGUGGACUGAAAGCCAGUCAAUAUUUAUGUCACCCAGAAAAUAUACCUCUGUUGAUAUCACAUACAUACAUUAUGACGCAUUUCACACAUAUUAUCCAGAUAUGACUGUUAGCACUUGAUGGUCUAUAGCAACUUCCCAGAAUAAUGGGUUUAGGUGAGGCAGAUGAAGCUGUAGCCGUAUUACUUCAACAACAUUUGAUAUGAGAUCCACUAAGCUUUACAGAAAUAUCACUCUGAAUAUAAACCACAACACCAUUUCUGUUAGCAUUUCUGUCUUUUCUAUAGAUGUUAUAACCAUGUAUUGCUAGCACUGUAUCAUCAAAGGUAUGAUCCAAUUGAGUUUCAGAGAUAGUUAGCAUAUGAAUGUUAUUUGUUAGUAGCAAGUUCUCGAUUUUCAGUAUUACUUUAGUGAGUGAAACAGGAUGCAUGUAUUGCAAUAUUUUUAUUCUGUACAGGCUUCCUUUUCACUCUGUCAAUUACGUUAGUAUUGUGGAGUAACUACAAUGUUGUUGAUCAGUGGACGCUGCUGGGAGGAGGACGGCUCAUAAUAAUGGCUGGAAAGGAGUGAUUGGAAUGGCAAUUUUGCGGGUAUUUUUUCCUAUAACAUUUUGAUUGAAUGUUUUACUGUUUUCUAAAUGUACAAUUUCUUUUCUACUUUGGCCUCUAUUCAAUCUGUAAAGCUGAAGCGUUAAAGAUUCUGUAAAAGUAAUAUGCAGGCAGCGUUUACGCUGAAUGCUGUCUCCGCUAAAGCAGAACCAUUACCUAUACAUUUCAAUCACACAGUAAAGCUGAACUUCCGUGGUACUGAUUGAAUAGAGCCUUUUGUAAUUUUGGGCAAUUUUGAAAGCAUUGUAAUUAAUAUGUGCUGAUGUUGUGAUUUUACAAUAAAGCCUUUUCAUAGGUCAUUACUGGCGUCAGAAAGAAAGUGAAAUGUUUAUUUCUGUUAACGUUUAAAAUAUACGUGAGUACUGUCUUGCAUGUACAGAAUGUCUUCAUAGAUCACAUAGCCAACGACGUACAGUAGACAGUAAUUUACCACAAUAGAACAUCAUUAUGUAUUUAGAUACAGUAAUUAAUACAUCAUCAUGCAAUCAUCCCAACAACCAAUCACUUAGUCUUGAGUUACGUCAGAAUGUGUGAGUGGUUCUCUGGGAUUACUGUCACAUGAAUCUGUCUCCUUUAAAUAACAUUCUACUGCACAAGGAGUUGGGGCUUUAUUUCUGCUAGUGCCACAGCUCUCUCCAAACUAGUUUAGAAAGAUUGACAACAUAAUAGCAGGGUAUUGUUUGACAGAACGUAACAGACAGGUAAACCCUCAGGUAAGCUAUACCACUCAUCUGAAUAACGUGCCGUAUACUUACAUACACAUUGCUUUAAUGCAGAGUACAUGUUAAAUUAAAGACAAUAUAUGUUUAAAAUUAUAAACUACAAUAUACAGUGACUGAAUACAACCAAUCUGAAAAUUCAGUUAAUAUGUUAAUAAGAACCCUACAGUAAGCUAGACUGGAACUGACUAGCUUUAGAUACGAUUUUGCUAGUAUUGAGUCAGAUUUGCAUACCAAGUAGUUUAAUAGCACUUUGAAAUAUGUACAUAAGAUUUGCUUUUCUUCCUUUACAGGUAUUUGAUGAUGGCGGGCCAGACUCUUAAUCAGACAUUCAGUUACAACCUGCAGAUUGCCAGUUUUGACAUCCCUACCCCAGUGAACUACCCUGUGUUCACCAUGGGUCUCCUGCUCUAUCUGUUCUCUGUCUUCUGUAACCUCACCAUCAUGCUGUUGAUCAUCACACAGAAGACUCUCCACAAGCCCAUGUUUUACAUCCUCUUCAGUCUCCCCCUGAAUGACCUGAUAGGAAUCAGCGCUAUGCUACCGAGGGUGUUGGCAGACAUCGUGACACAGACUCACUCUGUGUACUACCCCACAUGUGUUUUUCAAGCCUUUCUUUGUCACAUGUACGGAGGUGGUGUGCUUUUUGUACUUGCAGCGAUGUCAAUUGAUAGAUAUUUUGCCAUUUGCAAACCACUGCAAUACCCCUCAAUCAUGACACCUUUUACACUAUGUGUCAUUAUAUCAGCUGCUUGGGGCCUUGACCUGGCCAUGAUACUGACCCUGUUUGCUCUUCAGUCCAGAGUUAAGAGGUGCAAGGCUUACAUACUAAAUAUCAAUUGUGACAACCCCUCUCUACUUCGCCUCUCAUGUGGAGAAGAUCUCACAGUUAACAACAUUUAUGGUUUGGCUAUGACAGCGGUUAUGCAGAUUAUCAGUGUGGGUAUUCAGCUUUUUUCCUAUAUUAACAUUCUUGUAAUAUGCAUAAUUAAUCGACAAUCUGACACCAAGAGCAAGGCUGUAAACACCUGUGUCGCUCAGCUAGUAACAUUUUUCCUUUUUGAAUUUACUACCACCUUUGUAAUACUGUCAUAUCGCUUUCAGAACAUACCUCCUAAUGCACAGAAACUGUGUGGUAUGAUGAUCUACCUUCUCCUGCCAAUUAUUAAUCCAAUUAUAUAUGGGAUGAAAACAAGGGACAUCAGAACAGCAUUUUUCAUGGUGGUGAGAAAAAAAAUAAUAGCGUUCACGUGA